UUCACAAUGUCAAACUUCUAUAAAACGGCCCACUAGCCCACCCCCCUGAUGAUGCGCCAAUAUUUGUCGCCAAACACUCGAUGAAGACCGUCACCCUGCCCAUCCUUGCAACACUCCUGAGUAGUCUGGCUCAACAAGCAGCAGGACAAUCCGGAGCGGCAUCGGCCGCUGUUUUGACGACCUUGCAGAGUCGACCUGCUUCAGGUCAAGUCUCCGCCUCUGCUUCAAAGGCAUCGUCUGUCAUGCCGGCCGAAUCAUCGAGCUCUGCUGCGUCCUCUGCAGAUUGUCGAUGCACAUCGUCGAAUGACCAGCCAUUGCAGGAGGGUGCGUAUGGCGAAUAUAAUCGUCCACGCAUCCACUUCUCGCCCUCUGCAGGGUUCAUGAAUGACCCCAACGGUCUCUUCUACAGCAAUGGCACGUAUCGUCUCUACUUCCAGUACAAUCCAACCGACACGGUGGCCGGCAAUCAACACUGGGGACUCGCAACGUCCACUGAUUUGCUCAAUUGGAAGAAUCACCCACCGGCCAUUGCACCGGAGCGCAAAGGUGAUGGUAUCUUUUCUGGUUCUGCGGUCGUGGAUGCCAACAAUACGUCGGGAUUCUUUGAUGACAAUGUCCCUGCACAGGACCGUAUCGUUGCCAUCUACACGUUGUUUAGUAAUCCUGGACAAGCACAGGAUAUCGCCUACAGCAGUGAUGGUGGCUAUACUUUCACGAAAUAUGCAGGAAAUCCCGUCAUCACCCUCAACCAAACGGAAUUCCGUGAUCCAAAAGUCUUUUGGCAUAAACCGACAAGUCGAUGGAUCAUGGCUGUUGUCUUGGCACAGCAGUAUGAGAUGCUCAUUUACAGCUCUGCAGACUUGAAGACUUGGCGAGAGGAAUCACGCUUUGGACCUGCCGGCUUGUUGGGCUACCAGUAUGAAGUGCCAGACUUGGUGGAAGUGCCUGUUGAGAACUCAACAGAAACAAAGUGGGUGCUGAUUUUGUCCAUCAACCCGGGUGCACCGCUUGGUGGAUCCACCAUGCCGUACUUUAUCGGUGAGUUCAAUGGAACGACGUUUGUGCCAGAUGACUAUGCCUACCAGGUGGCCGAUUGGGGGAAAGACUUUUACGCUGGUGUGACGUGGUCCAAUACGCCUGCUGAGGAAGGUGUGCUGGGUAUUGCAUGGGCUUCUAACUGGCAGUACACCAAUUCAGUACCAACUGGUCAAUGGCGAUCUAUUCAGUCACUACCACGCAAGUUUACCAUUCGCAAGACAAAGCCCAACGGCCAGGUUGAACGCUAUGCAUUGGUGGCCAACCCGACGUCCUUUGAGACACUCAACCCCAAGCAGAUCUACAAUGGCCAGCUCACCUCGACAGCGGGCAACAGAUCAUCUGAUGAGUUUAUGCUCAAGGGUGAUGGUGCAUUUGACAUGACAUUCACGUCUUCUGGUCCCGGUGGUUUUCUUGUUGAGAUCUUUUCUGAUGAUAUCGCAGGCUACGAGUCGAUUCGAUUUGGGUAUGCAGACAGCACUGCCUGGGUGGAUCGUUCCAACUGUCAAAAACACUGGUACAACCAGUUCUUCACCGAUAAGAUGUCUGUACAGGCUGUUCCUGCGCCAGACCCAAGUGUACCAGGCACGAAGAUUCGUGCGGUCUUGGAUCGCAGUGUGCUAGAGUUGUUUGUCAAUGAUGGUCUGCACAACGCCGUGGUCUUGUUUUACAUGUCGGAGAAUCGGAUCCCUGGUCGUGUUCGGUUUGUGGCAGAUGGCAAUGUCACUGUGACUGCAACGGCUGAUGCAUUGACGGGAGGAUGGAACUGCACGAGCUGCACGGGCAAGACGCUGCUGUCUAAGCGUGACGAGUUAUAGACUGGAUCUGGGCUAGAUGUAGAUGUACACGUCGCUAUACAACGUCAACCAACCUCUGCCAGAUGUACAUGUACUUGUCAUGUAGACUGUGCCGCAGCCAUGACGAGAUGAUGAGGUAAGCAAUACGGGGCCUUUACUACUAGAAUGAUAUUUGGUAGAAGCAGUCAUGACGAUACUUCUAGCCUCCUGGUCCCUGCUUUACCAUGAUAUAGUAUAUACCCAGCAGCUGCACUCUCCCUCGCUGUUGUCUUCUCUUUCCCGUCGCCUCUUUCCCAAUUUUAAUUUCCUUCCGCAGCGACGACAACCACGACCAGCUCAACUCAACCUCAGUCCUGACACAGCGUCUAUUGCCUGGACAUCCCUCAAACAUCAAGCCA